AUGAGGUUUGUCGGACUUGGAGGUGCCACGGCAUGGCUGCUCGCCACGACUAUACGUUUGGUGGCGGCAGAAAACUCGACAUAUACAAACCCCCUGCUUUCAGGCUGGAACUCGGAUCCGUCGUGCAUCUUUGUAUCAGAGGGCCAAUACAGUGAUACCUGGUUCUGCACCACGUCCAGCUUUUUGACGUUCCCCAAUAUCCCCAUUUACGCCAGCAAAGACUUGCAGACAUGGCGACUGGUCAGCCACGCCUAUAGUCGCAUCGAGCAGUUCCCGGACAUUGCCACCACGUUUCCCCUGCAAUUUGACGGAACCUGGGCCUCGACGCUGCGGUAUCACGAAGGGACUUUCUACGUCAUCACAGCGUUUGUCACUAUAUACAGCUUCAACCCACAUAUUCUCUUGUUCAACUCGACGGAUCCCUUCUCGGAUGAGGCCUGGUCUGACCCCUGGCAGAUCCCCAAUCCCACAUACGGUGCGGAUCCAGAUAUCUUCUUUGACGACGCCAGUGAUUCGGUCUACGUGACGGUCGCCAAUGGUACUGGCCCGUGGUCAAUCACACAGUAUCACAUUGAUCUUCCCGCGCAAGAAGUCCUUGGAGAGCCAGCCGUGCUGUGGAACGGCAAUGGCGAGAGUUCCCCCGAAGGUCCGCACAUUUACCUCAAGGACGGCUACUACUGGCUUCUCGUGGCCAAUGGCGGCACUGGAUUAAACCACAGCAUCGCCAUGCUGCGGAGUGAGACUGUCGAUGGGUUCUACGACUUUUACGAGGGAAACCCGGUGCUCACCAACCGGGGAACGGAUGAAUACUACCAGACUGUCGGACACGGCGAUGUAUUCCAAGACAAGAACGGCAAGUGGUGGGGUGUGGCGCUGUCCACUCGUUCGGGGCCGGAGUACGAGAUAUACCCAAUGGGACGAGAGUCGGUGCUCUAUCCCGUCACCUGGGACGAGGGCGAGUGGCCCGUCUUCCAGCCUGUCCGCGGCGUCAUGUCUGGCUGGGAACUUCCCGCUACUGACCUGAGCCCGCCCGGCUCCGGACCUAUUGCAGGCGCGGCGGAAUUUCUUGACUUUGCGCCCGGCUCGGAUAUUCCAAAGAACUUUGUAACGUGGCGUGCUCAGAACGAGACUGCCGACAACUUUUUGGUAUCGCCUGAAGGUCACGAUAAUACACUGCGUCUCCUACCCUCGCGCGCCAAUCUCACUGGCGACGCCGCAUUUGUCCCGGGACAAGAAGGCCAAUCUUUCAUCGCAAGAAAAGGGCAAUCUCACACCUUGUUUGAGUUUUCUGUUGAUCUCGUCGAGUUUGACCCGUCAACGGCGGGCGAGGAAGCCGGUGUCACAAUCUUCUUGACGCAGGGCCAACACAUGGACAUAAGUGUGGUUGCCUACAACGUCAACACGACUUCGCGAUGCAGCAGCAACAGCACGUCAAAGGUCGCCAAGUACCUCAGCUUCUCGGCCGAGGCAUACUGGGCCUCGUCGACCAUGACGGCCGCCGUUCCCGAGCCCGUAACGAUGGCCCUGCCCGCUGGGUGGGACGCUGUUCGGUUCACCGUCAAGACUGUCAACGACACUCACUAUGACUUGUCGGCUUCCAGCGCCUCUGGCUCGGAAGAUGCGAUCAAGCUUGGGACAGGGCCCGCUGCCUUACUUAGCGGAGGCGGAGGCAUGUAUACUGGCGCGAUCCUGGGUGUCUUUGCCACCACCAACGGAGGCGCAUCAUCGGGUUCCCCGGCGUAUUUUGGCAACUGGAACUAUACACCGAUUGCACAAGAGGUUGAAAAGGAUGUCUUUGUGUAUUAUUAA